AUGGCGCCCCCAAUCAUUUUGGCCAGCUCCCUACACUCAAUCGCCAGUCGUGUCGAUACCAAACACCCCUCCCUUUAUUCGUUGUCUCCCCGAGAUUUGGCAAACCCUACGCACACGCAGCAAGUUACUCUGGGUAUCAUCGCCGCCUACGUUGUCUGCAUUGCCAUCCUCUGGAACGUGCCGUAUUUGAAGCUGAUCCUUUGGCCUUUCAAAAUGCUAGUCAUUGCCUUUCACGAAUUCGGUCACGCCAUCACAGCCAUUCUCACCGGCGGCAAAGUCGAGUCUAUCAGCCUCGAUCCAAACGAAGGCGGUGCAACUCUCAUGACUGGUGGGAUCAGUGCCAUCACCCUACCCGCUGGUUAUCUGGGCUCCUCCCUCAUCGGAGCUCUGCUCACCUUUUGCGGCUUCAACAUUGUAGCUUCCAAGGGAGCCAGCUUCGUCCUGGCCGUGUGCUUCCUCCUGACAAUAUGGUGGGGGAAACGUGACUGGCUGACCAUGCUUACCGUGCUGCUCGCCGUCUGCCUCCUCAUUGCUUGCUGGUUCAUAGCGCACGCUCAGGCGCUGCGGUUUGUCGUCCUCUUCAUCGGCGUCAUGUCCUCGUUGUACAGCGUGUGGGACAUCUGCGACGAUCUCGUCGUCCGAAAAGUCAACUCUUCCGACGCCAGCGUUUUCGCCGAGCGGUACGGCGGUUCUUCGCAGUGUUGGGGCAUCAUUUGGUCCAUCAUCUCCGUCCUCAUCAUGGCAGUCGGCAUCGUCGCCGGGCUUGCUGCCUUCCCGCAGUCAUUUGAGCAACAGGAGCUAGACUCCCAGCAUUUCAUCCCAACAUGA